GCUGAAACAAAUAUGUUAUAAUGUGGAACAUUCUAACUGUCUCUCAAAAGAAUGGCUGCCGCCGCCGAGGCGAACGGUACUUCUGCCCUGGUGAGGGAGGAAGAGGAGCCUAUGGAAGUCACUGCCGAAGGCGAGCACACAGAGAACUACCAGACACUCAUCGAUGCCGGACUGCCACAGAAAGUGGCCGAGAGUCUCGAUAACGUAUUCUCAACCGGUGGGGAAUCCGUCAUACAAUGGCUGAGUCUAAUCCAUUUUCCAAGGAAGCAUGAUGAUAUUGCUCGACGUCCCAUGAAGUGGAGAAAGGCCAGGUUGUAAUUGUAGGAAUCGGUCUUGUUACCCUCAGGCUUGGUGGCGUUCGCUGACCUGGACGAGAGGGCCAUUGAUGCUCUGCGGGAGUUCAAUGAAGAGGGAGCGCUGUCUGUACUGUUGCAGUUCAAAGAAAGUGACCUGUCCCAUGUGCAGGUGAGUUACAGGGGGAGAGGAAUGAAAGAGGACAUGGAGGGGUCUAUACAUUUUCCUCUGCUCAUAACCCCAAUACAUGAAUCAACUGUCCCAUGGUUUGCUUUCCAGAACAAAAGUGCUUUCCUUUGUGGAGUCAUGAAGACGUACAGACAGAGGGAAAAGCAAGGAAGUAAAGUACAAGAAUCCACCAAGGGUCCUGAUGAGUCCAAGAUCAAGGUAAAAUGCAGUCGUUAGAAAGUUAGUUCAGUUGCUUAAAUAUAACCUGCUGUGUGCGUGUGUGUGAAGGGGUUAAAGUUCUCCGUCACUGUGACGGAUUUCAGUCAUGGAUUCUGGAUAGGUCAUUUUUAAGAUCAGUGUAGACCCGCAAUAAAACUCUCCGGGGGACUGGUUUGGCAAUGACAUAGCCUAAUAGACCAACGGAAGCAUGUCUGUUUUGUGCUAAAUAAAUUCCCAAAUAAAUGUAUUCUCAAAGAUAACAUGUUCUGUUAUGCUGUAUGCACUGACCUGACAUGCAUGAUUGUCGCUGACACUCUGAUGUUCAGAUAAAGGGAAUUAAAUCGUUUGUAAUGCGCGCCACCACAGCGCUCAUCUCAAACAGUGGUGUGUGUAGCCUACUGUACAUUUACUAUAUAGUCAUUUAGCAGAUGCUCUUAUCCAGAGCAACUUACAGUCGUGAGUGCAUACAUUUUCAUACUGGGCCCACGUGGGAAUCGAACCCACAACCCUGGCGUUGGAAGCGCCAUGCUAUACCACUCAGGACCACUGUAGCUGCUGGCAAGGUAAUUCAAAGCCUGUACUUUAUCACUUAGGAUGUAACUUUCCAGGGCUGGGUUUCCCAAAAGUAUUGUAGCACUAACAUCUUAAUUCCAUAUAAACUAAAUGGACGAAAGAUGAUCUUAGUGCUAUGAUGCUUUUGUGAAACCCUUCCCUGUGCUACUAUUUUUGCCAUGUGAUGUUCAACCUGUAAAUCGAUGUGCCUCACAGAGUGGAGUCUGACAUUUGCAACGGCAGAUAUAGACUAUAUAUACAAAAGUAUGUGGACACUGCUUCAAAUUAGUGGAUUUGGCUAUUUCAGGUGUAUAAAAUUGAGCACACAGACAUGCAAUCUCCAUAGACAAACUUUGGCAGUAGAAUGGCCUUACUGAAGAGCUCAGUUACUUUCAAAGUGGCACUGUCAUAGGAUACCACCUGUCCAACAAAUCAGUUUGUCAAAUUUCUGCCCUGCAAGAGCUGCCCCUGUCAGCUGUAAGUGCUGUUAUUGUGAAGUGGAAAUGUCUAGGAGCAACAACGGCUCAGCAGAAAAGUGGUAGACCACACAAGCUCACAGAACAGGACCGCCGAGUGCUGUAGCGCGUAAAAAUCCUCUGUCCUCGGUUGCAACACUCACUACGAGUUCCAAACUGCCUCUGGAAACAACGUCAGCACAAUAACUGUUUGUCGGGAGCUUCAUGAAAUGGGUUUCCAUGGCCGAGCAACCGCACACAAGCCUAACAUCACCAUGCGCAAUGGCAAGUGUCGGCUGCAGUGGUGUAAAGCUCGCCGCCAUUGGACAUUCUAGACGAUUCUGUGCUUCCAACUUUGUGGCAACAGUUUUGGGAAGGCCCUUUCCUCUUUCAGCAUGACAAUGCCCCCCCGUACACAAAGCGAGGUCCAUACAGGAAUGGUUUGUCGAGAUGGGGGGGGCAACUCCAUAUUAAUGCCCAUGAUUUUUGGAAUGAGAUGUUCGACGAGCAGGUGUCCACAAACUUUUGGUCAUGUAGUGUACUUUUGAGGAGAUGGGAAACGUUGCCCAUGCUACGUCAGUGGGCCGGGAGGUGCGUUCUGGAUGAGUCUGGGACAAGGAGCGCUCUCCUUCAAGGAGUGGAUGGGAGUCUAUUGGGUGCUAGCUCAAAAACCCAACAUUUAGCAUGAAUUUCAUCAACAAGAAGUACAACAUUACAAAUAUUUUCCCAUAUGUGAGAUAAUUAACUUGCUGUAAUAUAGUAUAGCUCUGGAAUUGUGACAUUACAUACUUUGAGGAAAAUAGGCAGAUUUCUCGGCAUAUACACUGACUUUGAGAAAGGAUUGCAUGAAGAUUAGCUUAGCAACCGUGUGACGCAGCAUGACACCGUGAACACGAUUGGUCAACAGUCUGCUGGGUGGAACGUUAUACGUUCCUUCAUUCAUUGGAUUCCUAUGGGUGGCGGGUAGGAGCGUUGGGCCAGUAACCGAAAGGUUGCUGGAUCGAAUCCCAGAGUUGACAAGGUAAAAAUCUGUCGUUCUGCCCCUGAGCAAGGCAGUUAACCCGCUGUUCCCCGGGCGCCGAUGACGUGGAUGUCGAUUUAAGGCAGCCCACCCCGCACCUCUCUGAUUCAGAGGGGUUGGGUUAAAUGCGGAAGACACAGUUCAGUUGAAUGCAUUCAGUUGUACAACUGACUAGGUAUCCCCCUUUCCGAUCUGCACCAUGCAAUGCACCCUGGACUAAAGGUGCAGACAAAUGUGCUUGACCCUCCGUUAAAUUACACAUUUCUCAAAGUAGGAAUAUUGCCAAAAUAGGAACAAUGGCUCAUUCGAGAGAAUACAUCCUCCUGAGUUAUGACAUCAGCCAGUAUUGAAAUCUGACAUGUAUGAUAGACGUUUUCGCGAUCUGAAAGUCAUAUAUUCCUAUUAACUUCCAGUGUAGUGAGAGCGACUAUAUCACAGUGCUACAUCAUACCGGCCAGAUUUCUGCCUGAUUGAACGCCAAUAACUCAGAUACACAUGAAAUGACCCAGGGAAUCGAUAGAACAUCACUCAGAGAUGCACAAAAACAAUAUAAUAUUCAAAAUGGGUGAAUCUUUCAUUUUUUAAGGGGCAAUGGCGUCUUAAAAGGGCAAUAAUGUACUUUGUAAUAGAAACCAAAAAAUGUAAUUUGAGUGAAUAAUAAUUUGAGGACCUCCUGGCCGCAGUGACAAAAUGUAGCUGUUUUAAACGUAAUUUCCUGCAAUUCUACACAUUUUGCCAUGGCUUAUGCCAGCGUUUCCCAAACUCGGUCCUGGGGACCCCAAGGGGUGUACGUUUUGGUUUUUGCCCUAGAACUACAAUUUUUGAUUCAAAUUAUGAACUCAUCAUCAGGCUUUGAUUCUUUGAAUCAGCUGUGUAGUGCUAAGGAAAAAACCAAAAUGUGCGUCCCUUGGCAUCUCCAGGACUGAUUUUGAUUUUUAGAUUCUCCCAGACUGUCUUAUCUUUUAUUUGGGUGAUUUUGUUAGUUCUCAAAGAUGAUCUUAUUAGAACAUGUAUAGGUCCAUUAUCUUUCCAACAUACUUUAUAUUUGGUUUUAGUCAUUUAAGUUUACACUGAAAAAGUUUUUCCAUCCUGAAAAAUAGUUCCCCAUUUGUAUAUAUAUUUUUCCUGUUUGGACAUAGGCGGCCCGAAAAACACUUGGGUGACGCGCCCAAAACCUUUCUAUGCAGCAAAAACCCUGGGAUGUUGUGUCCAUUGGGGUAAAUGCAGAUUGCCAAGCCCCAUGCUUCAGCUUAUGUAUUUAUAGCCACUAUGUUGCAUCAGUUAGGCUACUGAUAAUAUAGACCUUGCGUAGGCUAUAUCAGGGAUCAUCAACUAGAUUCAGCCGCGGGCCGUUUUUUGUUUGUUGUUUUUUUCUUGAGCGUAUGGCCAGGGGGCCGUAACAUAUUUACCAAUAAUUUGUAGACUGCAAAUUGACCGCAAGAAGCCCAAACAGAUAUCAUAUUUGACUAAAACACAAUAAUUUCAAACCUUAAUGACAUUUUGUAUAUGAUCACCAUACAUCUCUCUAUUAUGUGUGGGAAUACUUUGCAACAGAUUUCCAAAAUUGAAAUUCCUUGAAGCUGAUUUGUCUAGCGAUUUUAAAAGAAAAAUGUUUUUAUUGAAUGCCAAUUACUGCUUAUCACUUAUUAACCAUCAUUUAUCCACAUUACUUUAAUAAAAUAUUUCAGUUGUGUAUAUUACAUUAGUUAUAUUACAUUUACAUUUACAUUUUAGUCAUUUAGCAGACGCUCUUAUCCAGAGCGACUUACAGUUAGUGAGUGCAUACAUUUUUUUUUUUCCAUACCCCCCGUGGGAAUCGAACCCACAACCCUGGCGUUGCAAACGCCAUGCUCUACCAACUGAGCUACAUCCCUGCCUGCCAUUCCCUCCCCUACCCUGCGCCGCCCCAUGGGUCUCCCGGUCGCGGCCGGCUACGACAGAGCCUAUCACUGCAAUGCAGUGCCUUAGACCACUGCGCCACUCGGGACCACUGGGACCACAUGUAGCGAGAUGGAUAGAUAGAUGUACUGAAUGCUCUUGAAAGAAAGAGAGCCAGAGAGUUAACAUUUACAUAGUUGAUUAUUGUGGAGGGCCUUCCAAACCAGACAAAUGGAUGCGUAAAAGACGCAGCAACUCAAUGGUUUUCAAUGGGAGGAGUGUGUUGUGUUGUGCUGUCCGUCAGAAAAGUUGCAUCCAUCAACCAAUUAAAAACUUAAAACUGCGUUUUCACCCACCAAACAGCUGCGUUGGACAUGCGUUUUAGUUUGAAGGCAGCCUUACUUUGUGGUUCAAGGUGUAUCUUCAUGUCUGUGACUUUCGCUCUCACCCCUAACCUCCCAUUGGCCCAGGGCCUCCUGCAAAACUCCAAUCACAGUAUCUCUGACAGGGAGUUACUACAGGAGUCGACAGGUUUAUGGUGCAGAGGGCUUCUCCACUCCUCAUAUGGGUAGAGUAUUAGUUACAGUAUACAUAUGAAAAAAAAAUAUGCAUGACUUACUGACUGGAUGAUAUUGGAUGACUUCAUUAUUUAAUUCCAAGUCAUCUCAUCUCUAUAGAGCUGCUGUCUGACAAUCAUUAUUUUAGUAGUUCUUCAAAGUAAAUUAGGUGUACUUUUAUGACAGCUGAAUACCAACUAUUAUGGCCGGGGGGGGGGGGGGCUUUACUUCGCUCAUCGCGCUCUAGCGACUCCUUGUGGCGGGCCGGGCGCCUGCAGGCUGACUUCGGUUGUCAGUGAACGGUGUUUCCUCCAACACAUUGGGGCAGCUGGCUUCCGGGUUAAGCAGGCGGUUGUUAAGAAGCGUGGUUUGGCGGGUCAUGUUUCGGUGGACUCGUGACUCGACCUUCACCUCCCGAGCCUGUUGGGGAGAUGCAGCGAUGAGACAAGAUCGAAAAAAGGGAUUAUAUAUAUGUAUAUGUAUGUGUAUAUGUGUCAGUCAAAAGUUUGGACACCUACUCAUUCCAGGGUUUUUCUUUAUUUUUACUAUUUUCUACGUUGUAAAAAAAUUUAAUAAAAAAAAAUAUAUAAUCUGUCUCUACUUGUCCGAAGGACUAAUGGCUAAUAAAGUUAAUGUCAAACCCUGUGAAUCCAACAUAUCAUUUUUUUUUAAUUGUCGAGUUAAUAGACUAUUUUACUGUAUUGCAAAAGUGAUAUUGAAUUGUGUUUGGUUGUCAACACAACCAAAUAUCAACAUUUGAAAGAGAUGUAUAUUUUGUGCCACUGAUUUAUUAGUCUGGCUUUAAUUCCAGUUUGUCCUAAAAAUUUACCAACGAUCUAAGUUAAAGAAUAGGAGUAAAUGAAAUACGAUUUUAAAGUUUGAUUUGAUUUAGUCUUAUUCUUUAACUUUUAUUUUUGGUUGAGAUGGGGACGUAAGAAAAAAAAUAUCAAUUGACUAAUUUGUAGACAAACUGGAAUUAAAGCCGAACGAAGUCAGUGGCACAGAUGGAACUAUACAUCUCAUUCAAAUGUUGAUAUUUGGUUGCGCUGGCAACCAAACACAAUUCAAUAUCCAGUUUGUCAACUAAUUAGUCAUUUAUGUUGGAUUCAAUUCUCAACCAAAAAUAAGUUAAAGAAUAGGACUAAAUCAAAUCAAACUUUAAAUGCACUUUAAAUAAAGUUUGAGUUAUUCCUUUUCUUUAACUUACUUUUUGGUUGAGAGAGACGUGAAUCCAACAUGAAUUAUUAACUUUAAGAUUCCACUUGAAAUCAGCCAAAGCUUGAAACCCUAGGCAAGUAUGUGUAGUCAAAUUUUAGUUGAACCCUUGGUUGAAUUGAAACAAUAGCUGUUGAUGAGUUCGCAAAUGCGAUAUAGGCCUAAAUGGUGUCAUUAAUGAUGUGACUUAUAAAGUAUGGUUACAUUUAAUUUUCUGUUAAACCUAGUCUUUGGAAUGACUUCGAUAGCAACAAUGAAUAUAUUUAGUUAAGAGAUCUCUCAAAAAUCAUUCUCAUGCUGGCGCAUUGGUAGUAGUCGGUGACAUAUCAAAGCUAAGCAGGGCUGGGCUCGGUUAAAACCCUGGAUGGGAGACCAAAUGGGAUAGCUGUAGAUAAACCAACUCUCCAGUAGGAGGUGCUGCCCAGCCUAUUGUUGUUUUUUUCUUCUUCUGAUAUUGGAUAUAAUGUCGAAGAUUUGACGUUGUUUCAAAUAUAUUUUAUACAAGGUUUGUCUAUGUUGAAAAUUGGUAACCAUGAUGACAUAAUCCUGUGGUUGUAAUUUCACUCUCAAACGUUGUGUGUUCCCGUUUGAUGUUGUGUAGUUCUGUAGUGCUUAUGCUGACAUCUACGUGUUCCCCAGGCUCUGUUGGAGCGAACAGGAUACGCCUUGGACGUCACCACGGGACAGAGGAAAUACGGCGGGCCCCCACCAGAGGAAGUGUUCCAGGGAGCACAGCCUGGGAUUGGAACUGAGGUAAAGCUGCCCGAGAUGUACCAUUAUAGCAUUGUGGCAAAGCCUUUGACUGAUAUAGAGAAGAGAGAUGAGUUUGCAAGACUUUGGCCCCAAGAAUGUCAACAUACGUUUAUAUCAACACUACAGCAGUCUUCCCCAGCUAAAGUAUCAAAUGAGCUGAUCCAAUCACAUUGUGGAACCCUCAAUGAUCUAGGCUCUGUUUUCUGCCUUCAGGUGUUUGUGGGAAAGAUCCCCAGAGAUCUGUAUGAAGACGAGCUGGUGCCACUGUUUGAGAAGGCGGGCCCAAUCUGGGACCUGAGGCUAAUGAUGGACCCCCUGUCGGGUCAGAACCGGGGCUACGCCUUCAUCACCUUCUGCGGCAAGGAUGCAGCAGCUGAGGCGGUGAAACUUGUAAGUCCCUUCAGUCAGUCAAGUCUUACUUCACCUUCUAAGAACCAAACGGCUGGUUUCUGCCAUUUUUAUUUUGAGGAACUGCAGUUUUAUCAGAAUUGUUAUCUGUUUUGUCCUCUUAUAAGAGGGUGUCUGAUAAAACUGCAGUUCCUCGCAAUAAAAUGACAGCUCUUAAGCCAUCUUUCCUCGCUUCUUGUUUUCAGUGUGAUAACUAUGAAAUCCGGUCUGGGAAAUACCUUGGAGUGUGCAUAUCUGUAGCAAACAACCGCCUGUUUGUCGGAUCAAUCCCAAAGAACAAGACCAGAGAGAGCAUAUUGGAGGACUUUGGUAAAGUCACAGGUCAGUGAAAGUGCAGACACCCCAAUUUGGUUUACAUUGCUUUAUAUUCUGUGGUUAUCAAUGUUCAGAUAUCAGUCAUGUGACGCAAGUCUCUCAUUCUUCUUCCUCCAGAGGGGCUUCAGGAAGUGAUCCUCUACCACCAGCCAGACGACAAGAAGAAGAACCGUGGCUUCUGUUUCCUGGAGUACGAGGACCACAAGUCUGCAGCCCAGGCCCGCCGCCGCCUCAUGAGCGGCAAGGUGAAGGUGUGGGGGAACCCGGUCACUGUGGAGUGGGCCGACCCGGUCGCUGAGCCCGACCCAGAUGUCAUGGCUAAGGUGAGUCAUGUCUUGCUCACUCACUUGCUCUCUCACACUGUCAUUUUUCUUGUCUUACAAUGACCUCUCUCUGCAUAAACUGAGAUUAAUAUGGAGUUGAACUGUAAUGUUUGUAUCCUCAGGUAAAAGUCCUGUUUGUCAGGAAGCUUGCCACCCCGGUCACAGAGGAGUUACUGGAGAAGACUUUCUCUGCGUUUGGAAAGCUGGAGCGGGUGAAGAAGCUCAAAGACUACGCCUUUGUCCACUUUGAGGACAGGGACGCAGCUGUGAAGGUGGGUUACCCUCAGUAAAAACAUACUCCUAUAUUUUUUACCGUGCUUUGUAUGUGUGAUACAAUUUUUGCUGCUUUUCUCAGGCAAUGGCAGAAAUGAAUGGGAAGGAGCUGGGGGGAGAGGAGAUUGAGAUAGUCCUGGCCAAGCCCCCCGACAAGAAAAGGAAAGAGAGGCAGGCUCAGCGCCAGACCACCAGAAACCCAGGGUGAGGCCACAGAGACUGUGCUUGACAAAUAUCUGUUAUAUCUGAUUGAGUAGAUCUCCUGUCAUGGGAUUACGUUGAAGCUUAUGUUAUUACUGUAUUCUGCAGGUAUGAUGACUAUUACUACUACCCACCUCCACGCAUGCCUCCACCAGGUAGGGGCAGGGGCCGUGGUGGCCGAGGGGGCGGUGGCUACGCAGCCUACCCCCCAGACUACUACAGCUACGAGGACUACUACGAUGACUACUACGGCUACGACUAUCACGACUACCGCGGGGGUUAUGAGGACCCCUACUACGGUUACGACGAUGUGUACAGCAUGAGAGGCCGUGGCAGCCGGCCCAGCAGGGGAGGCCCACCCAGGGCCCGUGGAGCACCACCCACACGGGGCCGAGGGGGCUAUGCCCAGAGGGGGCCACCCAUCAGUGGGCCCAGAGGGGGCCGUGGGGGGCCCUUCCAGCCACAGAGGGGCCGAGGUACCAGAGGAGCCAGGGGGAACCGCGGGGGCAAUGUGGGCGGGAAGAGGAAGGCGGACAUCUUCAAUCAGCCUGACUCCAAGCGCCGGCAGACCAACCAGCAGAACUGGGGGUCCCAGCCCAUCGCCCAGCAGCCCCUGCAGCAAGGGGCCGACUAUUCCGGUAACUAUGGUUACAGUAAUGACACCCUGGAGUUUUCACAGGAUUCUUAUGGGCAGCAGUGGAAGUAG